AUGGUUGUGUUUGUUCAUCUAUGUUGGUUUUCCCUUAGCUUGUGCAAAGAAACAUUGUGUAUUGAAAGUGAGAAAGAGACACUGCUGAAGUUGAAGCAUAGUCUCAAAGAUCCUUCAAAUUUGCUUUCUUCUUGGAAUGUUUCUGCCAAUCCCAAUUGCUGCCAGUGGGUUGGAGUUGUGUGCAACAACGUCACAUCCCAUGUUGAAGAGCUUGACCUCAGUACUGGAUUAUUUAAUAGAUUUGAACCAUUUCAAGGAACUAUUCCUGAUGUAUGGGGAAAUAUUACUUCAUUGGUUUGGCUUGAUUUCUCGUAUCAUCAACUUGAAGGGCUUAUUCCAACUUCUUUAGGAAGUGUGACUUCUCUCGUUGUACUCGAUCUGUCGAACAAUCUACUUGAAGGUCCAAUUCCAACUUCUUUCGGAAAUUUGUCUUCUCUUGUUACACUUGAUGUGUCAAAUAAUAAACUUAAAGGCUCAAUUCCAACUUUUUUGCAAAAUGUGACUUCUUUGGUCACUCUUGAUUUGUCACACAAUCAACUUGAAGGUCCAAUCACAAUUUCUUUGGGAAGUAUGAUUUCUCUUGAUACACUUGAUCUAUCAAAUAAUCAAUUCGAAGGACCAAUUCCAUCUUCUUUAGGAAAUGUGACUUCUCUUGCCACACUUGAUUUAUCAAAUAAUCAACUUGAAGGUUCAAUUCCAACGUUUUCAGGUAGUGUUACUUCUUUAAUUGAGCUUAAUCUCUCAUACAAUAAACUUUCAAGUCUGACAGAUCAAUUUGGGGUUUAUGAAAGCAUUUCGAUACUAGAUUUUAGUAACAACAAAAUUGGUGGAGAAUUUCCAAAAUCACUUGGAAAACUUUCAUCACUGACACAACUUUCUGUGUCUAAAAAUCAACUUAGUGGAAACCCAUUUGAAACUCUUAGACUGCUUUAUGGAUUGAUAAUCCUUGAUAUUGGUGAUAAUCAUUUUGAAGGUGUUGUCAUGGAAGAUCAUCUUUCAAAUCUUACCCGCUUGAAGGAGUUUUAUGCAUCUGGAAACAAUUUCACUCUAAAAGUGGGCAAGUAUGCUAUUUAG